AUGCCACUUCCAAUGCAGCCUUCAUGUAUUACUCCUUUAAUUUGCCUAAUUCCCCUUCUUAUGUUGGGACCUGGAUGUACAGCGCGCUAUGCAGCAAACUGGACCAGUCUGGAUGCCAGACCCCUGCCCAAGUGGUUUGACGAGGCAAAGAUUGGGAUUUUCGUCCACUGGGGGGUCUUCUCGGUCCCUGGGUUCGGGCAGUAUAGUGAGUGGUUCUGGUACUGGUGGCAGUCCCAAAAGCGCCCAGAAGAAGUUGAUUUCAUGCAGAAGAACUACCCGCCGGGCUUUAAAUACACAGAUUUUGCGCCUGACUUUCAUGCAGAAUUCUUUGACCCGGAUAGCUGGGCAGAGGUUUUCAAAGCCUCUGGAGCCAGGUAUGUGGUAUUCACAUCCAAACACCACGAAGGAUUCACAAACUGGCCCUCAGCAGGCUCUUGGAACUGGAAUUCAGUGGAUGUAGGUCCUCAUCGGGACCUGGUCGGAGAACUGGCAACAGCUGUCAGGAAGAGGUCACUGCGCUUGGGUCUCUACCACUCUCUAUAUGAAUGGUAUCAUCCCCUUUUCUUGCUGGACCAAGCCUCUGGAUUCAAGACUCAGAAUUUUGUUGCCCGUAAGACUCUUCCAGAGCUAGUGAACCUUGUAAUGGCAUACAAACCAGAUCUGAUCUGGUCUGAUGGGGACUGGGAAGCACCAGACACCUACUGGAACUCCACCCAGUUUCUGGCCUGGCUCUACAAUGACAGCCCAGUCAAGGAUGUGGUGGUUACCAAUGACAGGUGGGGUAAGGGCUGCUACUGCAAACAUGGAGGCUACUACAACUGCGCUGACAGGUACAUGCCCGGUGAACUUCCAGACCACAAAUGGGAGAAAUGCCAGUCCAUCGACACCCGUUCCUGGGGCUACCGAAGAGACAUGAAGCUGAGCGAACUCAUGGACCUGCCGUCCAUCAUAAAGGACUUGGUGUAUGUGGUAGCAAUGGGUGGUAACUACCUACUGAACAUUGGGCCAAUGGCAGAUGGCAUGAUUGCCCCGGUGUUUGAGGAGAGGUUGAGGGGACUUGGUGCCUGGUUGGGAAUUAAUGGGGAAGCAGUCUAUGCUUCCAAACCCUGGAGGGUCCAGACGGAGAACAGCACUGUUACUGUCUGGUACACUGCCAAAAACAAUACAGUUUAUGCCAUAAUGCUUGGCUGGCCAGCCAAACAGCCACUUCAGCUCACAACACCAAGGACGUCUGGGGCUACCAAAGUUACACUUAUGGACUAUCCUGAUUUACCACUGAAGUGGGCACCAGUGACACAAACCGCUGGACUGAUGAUUGUUAUGCCUACCAUGCCAGUAUCUCCUGGGAAUGCCUGGUCUCUGAAACUGGAAGGAGUAGUCUAA